CAGUGCACCGCCGUCCGCCGACAUGUCAGCUAUCGUCUGCAUUACGCUGUUUUUGGCCGCGAUUCAACAAUCAGAAGCGCUGGCUCAGAUGCAUGCAUCACAUAUUGACUUUGGAUAUGACGUCGACGGCCUACUAGGACCGGACAAGUGGGUAAACCAGUUCCAGACAUGUUCCGGCAAGUAUCAGUCACCCAUUGAUAUCGAGGAAGAGUUGGUGGAGAGGGUAUCACUACCACCCUUGGUGUUCCAAGGAUUCUCAGAACUCCCAAGAGAAUCAGUUAUAAUCAACAAUGGUCAUACUGUGAUGCUUCAGUUCAACCACACCAGCCCAGUCACCGUAUCAGGAGGUCCACUGCCUGGAAUGUACCAGUUUGCUCAACUGCACUUCCACUGGGGUUACAAUGACUCGUACGGCAGUGAAGACACCAUUAAUAAUCACAGCUAUCCGAUGGAGCUUCAUAUGGUAUUUUUUAAAACGGAUUACCAGAGUGUUGAUGAAGCAAUGCAGUACAAAGAUGGCCUUCUCGUAUUAGCCUUAUUCUACGAGAUUGACGACUCCAACAGUGAUAACGUAGUUUACUCUGAGAUAGUUCGCAAGUUCCCAGAUAUAGAGUUUCCUCACUCGAGCACACGCCUUGAUAUUUCACUCAGCCUCAAUGUGCUGCUGCCAUUUGAUACCGAGAGAUACUUCACAUACAAGGGGUCCCUUACUACACCCCCGUGUCUGGAGGUUGUCACCUGGAUUGACUUCAAACACCCCAUCUACUUGUCACAUUCCCAGUUGGGUGCAUUCAGGAAGCUGAGGUCUGUGGAAGGUUACAUGACCCACAACGCUCGCCCCAUCCAGCCCUUGUCAGGACGUCCUGUUUGGUACAAUGUGCAGGAAUACCCCGACAGUUCAGCCACCUCGCUGCACCUGACAACACCACUUCUACUUUGUACUCUAUUCGCAUACUCUGCACUUUUUGUGCUAUAGUGAUUGUGUUAGUUCAACUAACAUAUUUUUUUACCAAAUUUAUUUUUUAUUUUAACAUUUAGAAUAAGUACUCAGAAGGCUCAAAGCCAGCGUUAAUAGUUUUCUAUUUGGCUUUUAAAGGCCCUAGAUAGGUGACAGCGUGUUGUGCUUUGUAUAAAAGGAUGCGAAUCCUUCAUUCGAGGACAAUGAAACAAACGGUUGUAUCCUUGAUGCAUUGCUCUGUUGAAGGAAAGGCAAACUUUCAUUCAUUGUUGUAGUUUUUCUAAGAGACUAUACAUAUUUUAAUGUGAACGCUGUGAUGCAGAAGUAAUAAAUACAGGUUAAAACUUUGAUUUUUCGGUUGUUGUCAUGUAUAACAACAACUACACAAGUAAAUAAGAAAUACGCCUCUAGAACCACAAUAUUUAUGUAUAUUUUACAGGUUUAGCCACUUUGAUAUGUAGCUCGACAAAACAGUCUCAUAAAAACGCACAUAAAGCAUUACUUUAUACUCGUUCAUUACAAUAUUAUGUAGCGAUGUUUUGUAUUGCAUAAUGAGUAAGCAAUUAAACUAUCAGGCUAUAGUAUUUGUCUCAGAAAGCAUUGUGUUGCUGUAGACUCAUGACAUUAGCAAAAACAACACACAGAUAAAAUCUGUUCAUCGCAUUUGUUGCUAUCCUCCGUGAUGUUUCAACUAGUAGCUGUCACCAAGUAAUAGGUUGAAAUACUUAGUUAAGAAUCAAACUAGUCAUUAGAGUUAGGGUUUAUUGCGCUGUUCUUUUUAAUGAUAACUGAAAAAAGCUGUAAAUGCGUAUAUAAUGAAUUUAUAAUGGAUGAAGAUGUAGAGAGCUCAUAUUUAUAAUUUCUUAAGUAAGAGUGAUUAUUCCAUUAAACAUUUUCAUAAGU